GCUUCCGGGAAGCGGUCACGUGGCUCCUGGGGUAGGGCGGGACGCCGGAGUGCGUCGUCCCGCUCCAAAAAGUCGUGACCUUUCACUGUCGCCACCCGGGCCGGUGGAGCCAGCGCGAUAUACGGCUCCGGGCGGUGCGCGCCGUACCGGGCGUUCCUGGCUCGCUUCCGCCAUGAUUUCUUUCAGCCUCCUGGAGAAAUAAAUCGGAGGCAGAAACCACAGGCCGAGCGGAGCUGCUUUUUGGACAGUGAGAUCACCUGUGGUGAUACCUAAUGGCUGGGAUUUUGCGCAUAGCAACCCAGAGCCCUCGAGGUAGAGUACAGAAUGUGACAAAAAGUCUGGAAUCUCUCACCUCAACUGAUUGGAUUCGUCACAAAUUUACCAGGUCAAGAAUUCCAAAUGAAGUGUUUCAGCCUUCACCUACAGCUCAUAAAAAAUAUGGUGGGGACCCUCAAAACCCUCAUAAAUUACACGUUGUCACCAGAAUUAAAGGUGUGCAAAGAAGACCAUAUUGGGAAAAGGAAGCCAUAAAACUCCUUGGACUGGAAAAAGCACAUACUCCACAAGUGCAUAAGAAUAUCCCUUCAGUGAAUGCAAAAUUGAAAAUGGUUAAACAUCUGAUAAGAAUCCAGCCAUUAAAAUUACCACAAGGACUUCCAACAGAAGAACAGAUGUCAGAAACUUGCCUCAAGACCACAGGUGAAUUAGUAGUACGGUGGCAUCUAAAACCAUUGGGACAAAAGGCAAUUAAGGACUAAUCGCUUUCUCACUUUUCUUUAAAUAUUCUUUAUGUGUUUUUAUUAAAAUGUGUUUUAAACACCA